AUGUUAUUGCUUUCUUUAACAACCUACAUUCACCUUCUUCUCUCAAUGUUCCUUGUUUUCUUAUCUUUUUUCUUUUCUUUUUCGUCUCCCAAUAAGCCCAUCGAUGCAGCCAAGAUGACAAACACGACUCUCCUUUCUCUUCUAGAUAUUUGCAUUAUUUCUUUUUCCUUUUCAUCGCAUUUGUUUUUCUUCUUAUUUCCUCUUUUUUUCCUUCCGGAGAAAGAGGGAAAAUAUUGUAUUUUCCUCUUUCUCCUCCUCCUCCUCUUUCUUCUUCAUAAGUCUUCCUUACAUUAUUAUUUUCUUUCUUUCUUUCUUUCUUUCUUUCUUUCUUUCUUUCUUCUGUCUUUACAUUAUUGUUUGCCUCUUUCUCCUCCACCUCCUCUUUCUUAUUUAUUAGUCUUCUUUACAUUGUUUUCAUCCUUCUCCUCCUCCUCCUCCCUCUUUUUUCAGGUUUUCUUUACAUUGUUUUCCUCCUUCAACUCUUCCUCCUUUUCAUAUUCUUUCUUGUUCAUAUUUGAAUUUGUACACUUAUCUAUCUAUCUAUCUAUCUAUCUAUCUAUCUAUCUAUCUUAUAUCUAUGUAUCUAUGCAUGAUGAAUACAUGUAUUUAGUAUAUAUUAGUCGGCCAUCAUUUAUUUAUCUAUCACAUUUUGUUUUUAUGUAUGUGUCGACUAUCUAUUUAUCUAUCUAUAUACCCCAUUCUGUUUCUAUGUAUGUAUGUAUCGACCACUAUCUAUCUAUCUAUCUAUCUAUCUAUCUAUCUAUCUAUCUAUCUAUCUAUCUAUCUAUCUAUCUAAUCUAUCUAUCUAUCUAUGAUUUACUGUCUUUUUUCUGA